AUGAACGGCCUCCCACUACCAGUAGCAGACCUCGACGCAACAAAAGUCGCAACGUCCCCAUUCGGCUUCGACGACCGAAUCCUCACCUCCAACCUCCAAAAACGCUACACAACCAUCUCCAUCCCGGCAACAUACGGUCGCCUAUACUCCGGCCCCGCACCAGGCACAGUCGCAGGCAUCGUCCUCGGCACCGUCGGCGGCGUCUGCCUCAUUCUAUACUUGACCUUCCUAGCCUUGAAUCCAGGCGGCUUAGCGCGUGGCAGCGCCUCCUCGAUCACCGACGAAGAAGAGGUCGUCGUGCGCAGUCGGCGCGGGGGAUCUUCGCGACGCAGCGACAUAAUCGAAGUGGUAGAAGAGCGGGAUCGGCGCGAUGAGUACCGUCGUCGCCGUGCUCCAGAUCGUGUCAUUGUUGAGGAGUCCAUGACUGGGACGGAGACGACACAUGAUUCCCGGGAUUUCGUCGAGGUGAUUGAAGAGGAAUCGUCUGGGUUAUCGACCAUGUCACCGCCGCGACGACCGAAGAGUUAUCGAUCCGGUGUGAGAAGAGUUGAUCCUCUUGAAUAUGGCGGUGGGAGCUCGCAUGGUAGCCUGGACUACUGA